CUCCACGAUGAGGACGACAGGCGUGGGAAGAAGCACUUAAGAGCUGGACGACAUGGAGAUCCAUCGUCCCAUUUGGUUGCGUUUUUGGUGUGAGCUUGGAACGUGGAUGUAACGGCGCGUUUGGACGUCGUGGAAGGGUGGAAACUAACACUUUGUGCGUGUUUUCUACUCCGUGUCUUCACGAGUGCACCCCGGGAGGCGCAGCGGGGUCCAAAGUGCGCACACUUUUGGUGAUCCGGAUCCGAUCCGGACCUGUGUGCUGUCUGCUGUUUCUUUUUGGAUUGCAACUAUUCGGGACAAUACAUGCGUUUGGAUUGUAACAGCGGCGACCUGCAGGUCUGCAUGGGCCAUAUUUAAGCUCAUAGGAACUGAGUCUAAGAUGAAGUUAUGGGAUGUUGCGGCCAUGUGUUUGUUGCUCCUGAGCUCAGUCGCUACACGGCCUCUCUACCACCAAAGCACCCCGCCGCUGCCAGCCAAGAGGACCUUCCACUCCCCCCACAGCUACACUGACCCUGCUGCACCCAACUCUGCGGAGGACAAAGAGGAGAAGUUGUUGUUGUUGAGGCAACACCACGAGGAGCACAGCCUGCAGGAAGUCUCCAUGGAGGAUCAAUAUGACACAACCGGUCCCGAUUCCGAGCACUUUGAUGAUGUCAUGGACUUCAUCGAGGCCACCAUCGGCAGACUUCGGAGAUCAUCAGAGUCAUCACGGGGCCAAAGGGAGCAGCGGCAGAGGGGAGCAGCAAACACGAGAGGUAGAGGACACGGGGGCGAGAGAAGACGAGGUCGGAGUCGAGGAGGCGGCAAAGGAGGGCGUAGCGAUCGAGGCAGAGGGAGGACAUCAAGUCAGAGUCGAGGCUGCUUGCUGAAAGAGGUCCACCUCAAUGUGACGGACUUGGGUCUGGGCUACCAGACCAAAGAGGAGCUCAUCUUCCGCUACUGCAGCGGGCCAUGUGCGGAGGCCGAGACCAACUACGAUAAGAUCCUCAACAACCUGAGCCACAGCAGGAAGCUGGACAAGGACACGCCCUCUCGCACGUGCUGUCGACCAAUCGCUUUUGACGACGACUUGUCCUUCUUGGAUGACAAUGUUGUGUACCACACGCUGAAGAAACACUCCGCUAAGAAGUGUGGCUGUGUUUGACAGGACGGACCAUUUUUGGAUUGAAAGCAGAACCAAUCCCGGCUAACUUUGGUGGACUACACGCUGGAUUGGUCAGCAGGGAGAAAGCCUACAACAAAAUACUGUUACAUUUCCUGCCUUUUCUGAAAAACUACACAAACCCACGACUAAAGUUGUUUCUUGUGGAAAAAAACUCCAGGAAUAUGACUUUUUUUUUUCUUUCUUUCUUUGGUUCCUCCAGAGCCACACCAGGAUUCAGCAAAGACUUUUUGGCAUCUAUAAAUGUAUAAAUACAAAAAUAUAUAAAUCCCUAACUAUAUAGCAACGCUUGUGUGUAAGAGGUAUAUUUAUUAAGAUUAACUUAUUCUUAUUUAUUUCAUUUACGACACAAGUUGUUGUUUUUAUUUAUUGAAAAGCUCAGUUUGUCCUGGAUGCCAAAGCCAAAAAAACACACACGUCCUAAAAGUGACCCCGUGUAAAAAAAAAAAAAAAAAAAAAAAAAAAAAAGACUCGGGACCAAACAUAGCGGUCUCGUUGCCUGAUUUUUUUUGUGUCAUGUGACCAGGAGGAAACAUCUGGGACUCUGUCAACUGGUUGCAUGUUUACAAGGAGGUGUAAAAAAAAAAAAAAAAAAAAAAACAGCACAGGGUCCUCCUGCCAAUCAGCUACCCGAAACCUUCUUGUCCCGGGAGGCUUUUCAAGCUUCUGUCCCGCCUCCGGCAGACAGGUCUUACUCUCUGAAAGAGGAUUGGAAAGCGAUCCCCCCCUUCAACACGAGUCUUAAGCAAACAACCCCGCUGGCGAAAGACAGUUUAGGGAGACUUUGGCUACUGUAGCGGCUGUCAUUGUACCAGUGAUGUUCCAACAAAAGCAAAAACGUUUAAGAGGGGACGUACAACUUUAAACACGCAAUAACUUGUUCAAGAACGAGACAUCAUAGAUAAAAAAAAAAAAAGGUCUUGACGUUACCACGGAUUAGGGACCAAGGUAUCUGUGCCCACCCGGCAACAAGCAAGGCAGCUUUACAGCGUCUAAUCUCACCCCCCUCCCCUCCCCGACACAUACACGUAAAUCCACGGCAUAGACAUGAAUUUAGGCCAAACUACAGCAUAACUCAUCAAUUGGAUCAUCUUCCCCUUACAAAGACUGAUUGCUCCACAAGUUUCUUUUUUUCCGAGAUGACACCUGAGAUGUCCCAGAAGGAUCCCCGUUUCUUUAGACAGAACCAGUGUUUCUCAGUCUUCUAGUGCAGGGUUUCCCAAAUGAGAAAAUGUGUUCUUGAUCAUUGGGGAAACCCAGUUGGACUUAAAUACACAAAGCGGCAAAGGAAAAAUCUCAUAUGAAGCAUUUAUCUGUGUUUGUAAUACACUGUACUACACAGUGUUUGUAAUACAGUCACUUGCUCGUUUUCUUGGCAUCUAUGUGGGCAAAAAAAAAAAAAAGAACCUGUCAUUGUUGUUUUGUGUUCCACAACCAAAGCUAUGGGCAAACUUUAUUUUUGUACAAUAUUCAUUGUUUUUUUUAUUAUAAAACUUUUUACAGAAUUAAAACUUGUUUCUAUGAAAUGUGUAGCGUUUGCUUCAGACCAGGAUUGUGACACAUGGUGCUCAUUUGCUUUCGUGGGAUGUUUACAUGAACUAAAUGUAUAAAAUUGAGGAUGAACGUUGGGAUAGUUAAAGAAGGGGGUGGCCCUUUCCAGCGCUGCAUUCCUGAACGCCAGCCCGGGAUCGUACAGUAAACAAAAACGCGGUGGCUGUGAAGUGAGUCAAGACUGUUUCCAUAGAGUAAAAACAAUGACUGACAUGUUACGCUUAAUACGUUCAUACACAGUGAAUGUACAGUGUCUCACAAAACUCCCCAACGUUUCAGCAAGAAUUUUUAUUCCAGUACAUCUAAUAUUACAGAAAUCCAACUUGAAAGUACUUUAGAAUACUCAGUGUACAGCAGUAUUGAUUUAGUAUCCACUGAAAAUGACUCGUGGUUAGCGCGCAGAACUCACGGCU